AUGGCUACCAAUUCUUCAUCUCUACCUCCAAAUCAAGAGAUCAACCAUGGAAGAAGAAGGUUUCUUGGAGUAAGACAACGCCCUUCAGGAAGAUGGGUUGCUGAAAUCAAAGUCUCCUCACAGAAACUUAGGCUGUGGCUUGGAACUUUCAACAGAGCUGAAGAUGCUGCCAUGGCUUAUGACAGAGCUGCAAGGCUUCUCAGAGGAAGAUCUGCAAAGACAAAUUUCUCAUAUGAUUAUCAUCAUGGCUUCUUCAAUUCCACCAUUAAUCAAGAACAAACUCCUUCAUUGUUUGAACAUAGUCCUAAACUCUGUCGUUUGCUUCAACAUGCUCUUAUGAAAAACAGAAGCCGUUUGAUAUCAACAACUGAUCAUCAGUAUCAUCAUCGUCGUCGUCAUCAACAACAACAGAUAUCGAGAAAUAAUGGGGGUAUUGAUUCGGUUGUUGAAGAUACCAUUUUCUGUUCUUCAACGAAUUUGGUUGAAAAUAAUAAUAAUAGUAGUAAUAAAGGGUGUGGAUGUGGAUUUUCUUUUGGAGGUUCUAAAGUUUAUACUUCUGUGUUUGUAGCUCCUUCUUUUAGCUCUGAUGUUCAGAAGUGA